AUAAAAGUAUCACUUUCCAUCUCAGGAGACCGUUACUUUCUCUCUCUCUCUUUCUCUCUCACAGCUUCUUCGCUUACACUAAAAACACUGCAACACUAACACUCACAACUCACGACUCAGCCAAUGACUGCGGCGAGUGUAGCCACUAGCCACGCCAAGACCAUCAUGAGGAUCGGCCUCUCUCUCUUCCGCCGUGGCUUCAACUCCUCCAAAUGCAAGACAGCGGCCAAGAUGGCAGUGGCGAGGAUAAAGCUGCUGAGGAACAAGAGAGAGGUGGUGGUGAAGCAGAUGAGGCGAGACAUUGCCUUGCUUCUACAGUCAGGUCAAGAUGCCACUGCUCGCAUCCGGGUUGAACAUGUUAUCAGGGAACAGAAUGUUUUGGCUGCAAAUGAGUUCAUUGAACUCUUCUGUGAAUUAGUUGUGGCCAGACUUGCAAUCAUUGCAAAGCAAAGGGAUUGCCCAGCAGAUCUGAAAGAAGGUAUUGCUAGCAUAAUAUUUGCAUCCCCAAGGUGCUCAGAAAUUCCAGAACUUUUAUCACUUCGGAAAGUUUUUGAGAAAAAAUAUGGGAAAGAUUUUGUAUCAGCAGCUACAGAUCUGCGACCUAACUGUGGUGUAAACCGCAUGUUGAUCGACAAACUCUCUGUAAGAACCCCUACUGGUGAAGUAAAAUUGAAAGUCAUGAAGGAAAUAGCGAAGGAGUUCCAGAUUCAAUGGGAUACAACAGAAUCCGAGAUGGAGCUUCUCAAGCCUCCAGAAGAGCGUAUAGAAGGACCUUGCACUUUUGUUAGUGCUACCAGCCUACCCAUGCAGCCUCAGCCAACUCAAUCUGCUGAGCCAAAUAAGCCAACUACUAGAUCAACAAUCAGCGGAGCAAAUGGCAAUAUCUUUUUUGAGGACACUGUCUCAGCUGCAGCAGCAGCUGCAGAAUCUGCCAACAAAGCAAUUGCUGCUGCACAAGCUGCUGCCUAUCUGGCCAACAAAAACUUUAAUCAAGCCACUCAAGCAUCUAGUCUUGAUAACAAGUUGAAUGAUUCUAGUACCAACCAUGGAUUUGGAAAUCUUUAUGGAAAUUCUACUGGCUUCAUCUCAAAUCACCAUUCCCCAGCUAACUCACAGAACACUGAUCAUCAACAAGAAGCUCAUGGGAGGACUUAUGCAUCACAAAGUUUUGGAACGUCUCAUUUUGCAAGCAGUGAGGAGACACCAACUACCAAUGUGAAUGGUGGAAAGGUUUAUAGGAGACACAGCUACAAUGCACCCUCUAGACAUUCAGAUAUAAAGUUUGAUGAAUCAGACUGUGAUGAAGAAAUUGAUAUGGAAGAACCUCCUCCUAGUGGCAUUAAUCCGCCACCCAAGCGGCCCCCACCACCAGCACCUUCAUUUCAUGAUAAACAAGAUUCAAAUUUUCAUGUUCACCCCAAAUUGCCAGAUUAUGAUGCACUCUCCGCUCGCUUUGAAGCACUGAAGUAUCGAAAAUGACAAACUUCUAGCAUGCUUUAUUUGGGGGGGGGGGGGGGGGGGGGAUAUAUGAGUUUUCUUGGCCUUUAUAUAAUUCAUACAUAGAUGCUUUAUGCAUGUUAUUCUAUCAUAUAGAUACCAAAUACUACAAAUGUGAGAUCAUUUUUUUUGUUGUGUAUUGUCCUUUGGGGUAAAUGAAUAUGUCAUUUUGUCAAA